AUGUACGGAAAACAUGACUGUUUGAACACGGCUUCUACGCUGUUUCGAACAAUCAAGUUACCGAAUCUAGUAUCGUGGAACUCGAUGAUUAAAAUUCAUGUUCAAAAUGGUGUUUUAGAGAAUAGUGUUUUGUAUUUUAGUAUGAUGUGUAGAGUCGAGGUUUAUCCUGAUCAAGCAACAAUCGUCACGAUUCUUCAGUGUUGUGCUGAUAUUGGAGUCGGGAAAGUGGUAGACGCGUUUCAUGGUUAUAUUUUGUGCUCGGGUUUGGAUAAAAGCAUCCGUACGAUGACCGCGUUGUUAAAUGUUUAUGCGAAAUCUGGAAGAUUAACGGCUUUGUGUGAAAUUUUUAAAGAAAAGAAAGAACCCGAUAUGAUAGCUUGGACGGCCAUGCUUGCUGCAUACGCGAUGCACGGGUAUGGUAGACACACGAUUGACCAUUUUGACUUCAUGGUCAAGAAAGGCUUUGAACCCGAUCAUGUAACUUUCACUCAUUUGCUGAGUGCGUGUAGUCAUCCGGGCCUUGUUAACGAGGGGAAACAACUUUUCAACGAAAUGUCUAGUGUAUAUAAAGUCAAACCUAGGUUGGACCAUUACUCGUGUAUGGUUGACCUUUUUGGUCGAUCAGGACGUGUACAAGAUGCACGUAUUUUAAUCGAUAGCAUGCCGACGGAGCCCAACUCUGGUGUUUGGGGAGCACUGCUUAAUGGUUGUAAGGUUUAUGGAGGCAUAGAGCUCAGUGAGUUAGUUGCAAAGAAGUUAAUAAAUUUAAACCCGUCGGACCCAAGAAGUUAUAUCAUGCUUUCAAGCAUAUACUCUAAAGCGGGUCGUUGGGUUGACUUUUCAAAAGUCAGAGCGUUAAUGAAAGACCAAGGUGUUGUGAAAACUGCGGGUUGCAGCUUUAUUGAACAUGAUCACAAGAUUCAUAGGUUUGUAGUGAGUGGUCAAGCGCACCCUGACAUCGAGCGUAUAUAUGCUAAGUUAAACGAAUUAAUGAACAAAAUUGAGAAGGUUGGGUAUGUAGCUAAUACCGAGUUUGUUCUUGAUGAUGUAGAGGAGGGCGUUAAGGGCGAUUUGGUAAAAAUGCACAGUGAAAAACUUGCUAUUGCAUUUGGUCUUUUUGUGUAUAGUGACAAUGCGCCUAUGAUAAUCACUAAGAAUUUGAGGAUUUGUGGUGAUUGUCAUAACAUGGCAAAGUUGUAUCGCGUGUUGAAAAGCACAUGA